AUGCCGACCUUCCUCAACCGGCUCAUGCGCCCCUUCACAAGCAGCACCCGCAUGAGCCUCGGCGGCAGCGAGUCCGCCCCCAUCUCCUCCCCGAACGGCGCCCAGAAAGCCACCAUCGCCGCCGGCUGCUUCUGGGGCGUCGAGCACAUGUACCGCAAGGAGUUCAAGGGCAAGGGACUGUACGACGCGCGGGUGGGCUACAUCGGCGGGGACGGCGCCAAUCCGAGCUACAGGGCCGUCUGCUCGGGGAGGACUGGCCACGCCGAAGCCCUCCAGGUGACCUACGACCCGGCCCAGCUCAGCUACCGACAGCUCCUCGAGUUCUUCUACAAGAUGCACGACCCGACGACGGCGAACCGCCAGGGGCCCGACACGGGCUCGCAGUACCGCUCGGGCAUCUUCUACCACGACGCCGAGCAGGAGGGCGUGGCGCGCGAGGUUACCAAGCGCGCGAACGAGAAGUGGUGGAAGGGCAAGAUCGUGACGGAGAUCCUGCCCGCGGGCGAGUGGUGGGAUGCCGAGGCCUACCACCAGAAAUAUCUGGACAAUAACCCGGGCGGCUAUGAGUGUCCGAGUCACUUUUUGAGGAGUUUCCCGCCUUUGGAUUGA